GUAAUGAUGUCAUUUGAAGACCUGAUGGAGACAAGCUGAAAGGAUUCCAUAAGCAGAACAAAGUCAAAAUGCAGACACGGACUGGAUUUUGGUUACAGCUGAUGCGAGAACAACUGCAGCAGCAAGAAAGAUGGGAUAAUGCGUAUCAGCACCACAAUACUUCGCAAUAUGUUCAACCGCAUCUUCCAGUCUUGUCCGCAAGUCAUGCAUUCCAAAACUUCUUUCCAACAGAUACAUCAAAACCAGUACAAAUACCAAAGAAUAUUCUAAAGGUUCAAACACAUCUGGAAAACCCAACAAAGUACUAUCUCCAUCAAACACAGAGACAACAGGUGAAACAGUAUCUGGCACUGGGCACCAAGCUUUCCAAUCAGGCACUUUCCAUUUCUCACUCACACCCAGGAGGAUCUGUUAGGCCAACUCCCUUUAUGAGAAAUGCCCAUGCUCCCCCUGGCAAUGAAAGUAAUACGCCUGACAGUCCAGUCACACUGCUAUCUCUAGGAACAAAUCAUGAAAAUGAGAUGGAUGAUGUUAUCGAUGACAUAAUCAGUUUGGAAUCAAGCUGCUUCAAUGAAGAUUCCGUCAGCUGUAUAGAACCACCUUCUCUCAUACAUAACACAAUGCCAUUAUCCAGUAAUAUUUUGGAUGUCUAUAAUGAUCAGGGCGUGACUCCAACUACUAUGGGACUCACUGGUACUUCUUGCUCUCCUAACCUUUCAGUGAAAAGGGAAAUCACAGCUACACAACCUGGAAAUGCUGAAACACGUGCACUUGUUAAAGAAAGGCAAAAGAAAGAUAAUCACAACUUGAUUGAACGAAGACGAAGAUUCAACAUCAAUUAUCGUAUCAAAGAACUUGGUACCUUAAUUCCAAAGUCAAAUGAUCCUGAUGUGCGUUGGAACAAAGGUACCAUUUUGAAAGCAUCUGUGGAGUACAUAAAGUGGCUUCAGAAAGAGCAACACCGUGUGCGAGAAUUAGAAAACAGGCAAAAAAAACUGGAACAAGCUAACCGACGACUGCUGCUACGGAUUCAGGAGCUGGAAAUGCAAGCUCGGGUCCAUGGACUGCCCACUGUGUCAUCAGCCAUUAGUCCAACUGAGCUGGUAACUCACAUUGUCAAGCAUGAGUCCUACCAAGGGGACAAUAGCCCUGAUUAUCUGCAGCAGCCAAGCUUGUCACAAAUGUUGAGUGAACUUAAUGAGGCAUCCUGUAACUUCUUGGAUCCAUUGUCACACUUUACAGACUUGUCAUUCAGUGCUGCUUUGAAACCGGAAAACCGGCUCGAUAACAUUCUAUUAGACAAUACAAUCUCUCCACUGGCAUCUGAUCCACUGUUGUCUACAACAUCACCACCUGGUGCAUCUAAAGGAAGCAGUAGGAGAAGCAGCUUCAGCACAGAUGAUGAACUGUGAAAAAUAUCCUUCUGUGGUGCAGUGAGGAACAAUGAUCAUUUCACUUAAAAAUGAUUAAAACAUUAAGGUGAUUUGCUUACUGCUUGAUGCCUUGAGACAUUUUCACAUCCUGGCUGUUAACAUUUUUACUUUGAAGGUUAGAAUAUUCUCCACACUUUUUAUUUCACUUUUGCUGCUAUUAAAAAUCCUUCACAAGGGAAACUGAUCCAGUAAUCACAUGGACAAAUAAAUCUAGUGUUCUGAUGGGACAUAAUCAUAUGCACAGUUAAUAGAAUGCUUCAACAUUCUUUUUCACAAGGUGUAUUUGCAAACAACUGAUUCUUUGUAUAUUCAAGCACAUUUAAGCAAAACUUUUAUUUUCAAUCAGGCUUUUUUGAGGACAGAAAUAUGGGAAUGUUCGUAGUAAUGGGAUAUGCCAAAACAGUCAGAAACUGAUGCUCUACUAUUUUAUGUAGAUGCGAUAUUGGCAUGUCCUGUUUAGUUAGAAUGGUUACAGACAUUAAAUAGUUUAGUGAUGGGUCAGCUGAAAUUGCAUUUUUCUAAAUGUAAAAUAAAUAUCCCAUUUUAGGAAUUGGAAAUUCUUUGUAUCCCUGCCCCACAACUCUGGCUUUGAGUAUUUGAGUUCAGGUUGCAUUUUCAUGCUUUAAGGAGGUUAAUCUCCGUUCUGUUGAUUCUUGUAUGACUGUGUGGACAAGAAUCCAGCUUUAGUUCCCAAUUUUUGUUUUAGAAUAAUUUGAACAAAAGGGAGAUGGUAAAUUAAUUAUUUGAGAAAUAAUAAGUAUGAUAUAAAAUGUUGAACUUGUAUUCUGCCCCUUUUCUGGACAUAUGGGGAGUUAUGUUGCAGCAUUACAUGUGAAACCCCUGUUCAGUGUAAUUAAGCUACAUAUUAGUUAGAAUCAUAAUACAUUAAAGUGAAAAUUGUAGAAAAAUACUUGAGUAUAUUUUGUUUAAAAAAUUGAA